AUGCUCCACUAUCCUCCUUCAGACAACCUACCUGGAACCUGGGGCGCCGGUGCUCAUACUGAUGUCGGCUGCCUUACCCUCCUAUUCCAGCGGGACGGCGGCGAUGGGCUUGAGAUCUGCCCUGGCCGGGAGAAUGUCAAUAGCAAGGCUAUCGGAGAUACCUUCUUCCCUCUUCCAGCUAAGACUGGUCCCAUAGUUGUGAAUAUUGGAGAUAUGUUGAUGUCUUGGUCAGAUGAUCGAUUUAAGGCCACGUAUCAUCGAGUCCGUGCUAUGGAGGGUGAAUCUCCUAGCCGUUAUUCGAUAGCUUAUUUUAAUCAAGGCAGAAAAGACUUUCUGUUCCAGGGACCUCAGAAGAAAUACCCUGCGAUUACGUGCGGUGAUUACAUACAAAGCUAUACCGUCGCGCAAUUCUCGGACAAGGGAAACAGAAGUGGAACAACCGGGAUCGCGCAGGGCCCGGCGAUGGUUGCUGUCAAGAAUUAG